UGGUCUGAAAUAUAGCUAUAGGUCUCUGGGGUGAGAGGGGGUUGAUGAAAUUCCCACAACUUCAUAACUACUAAAGAAAACUUCUUAGAAUUGUGAUCAGUGAUAAUUGUUCUUUAAUAUCAUCUGUUUGUACAGGUGAAAAAGCACAAGAAGUUUCUUCUGGACAUACUGAUCGGGGCCUUACAUGACAUUUUCAGUUCUGAAGUCAUUGGCGAGAGCAUGAAAGCACUGGCCAAAGUCCUGAAGGAGCUGAAAGAGAAGGACAUCGGUUCUUCCUUCAGAGUCCUCACCCAACAGAUCCGGACCUGCUUUGACGAUGAGGAUGAUGCCCUUCGCUCAAUGGCCUUUGUCCUAUUUGGCAUCCUGGCUCAGUUGACAAAGAAAAAAUGGAAGGCCUAUUUCUCCGAGCAGGUUCGAAAGAGCUGGGUCACACUUCUGCUGCACCUGCAAGACCCAAACCCCCAGGUUUCAAUGAAAUGCAGAGCUACGUUUCACCUCUGUUUCCCGUUUUUGGGACUGAAGAGAUUCCAGCAUGCGAUUAAUAAGCACCUUGGUGGCACAGACGAGCUGAAGCCUACAGAGCUCCAGGAGGACAUUUGCAGACACCUUGUGAGUGAGCUGUUGAACUGUGCCAAAGAGAAUGCAGAACUGCUGGAGAACUUAUACAAAACCACCCUCACGUACUUCUACAGCAGCUGGGAAGGGAUCCGGGCAGCUGCCGCCAAGUUAGCUGGCUUCAUCCGGGAACACACAGACAUGCAGCGUAUGAAAUGGCUGGACCUGGAAUAUCUGCUGAUGUCUCUCCGGGUCCUAGAGAAAGACCCAAGUUCCACUGUCCAGCUGGUGGCAACUGAGAUCAUAAGUGACAUCUGUUCUGGUCGAGUGCUUGAGGAAUGAAGCGGAACAGAGACAAACAGAACAAGGCACUCCAGUAGUAUAAGGGCCCUACCAUUAAUCAAAUGUUAAACCCACCCCUUGACUCAAUAAGCCCUACCCACCAGUCAUCGGAAGCCCCAACCCAUGGGGUAUUACUUCUGGGGCCAAGGCGGACACAUGACGGAAGCAAGAUGUGUCAUGUGACCCCUCUAAGAACUCCUCCCACUGUCCUCUACCAAUCAGGAUGGGUUUCACCCUGAUAGGAAUGCCCCGAGAGAAGAUUUGACCAAUCAGGGGGAGUUCCGGGGCAGGUGACCUGUCCAGAAGUGAUUUGUGUGACCCCUCUAAGAACUCCUCCCACUGCCGUCUACUGAUCAGGAGUGGUUUCAGCCACUGGGGAUCACUCCAAGAGGAGAUUUGACCAACUGAGGGGAAUUCUGGGGUGGGGUGACCCGUCCGGAAGUGCUUCAUGUGACCCCUCUAAGAACUCCUCCCACCACCCUUUACCAAUUGCGAUGGGUUUCAGCGGCAGAGGAUUGCCCCAAGAGGAGAGUUGACCAAAAUAGGGUAGGUUCUCGGAAGGGGUGAACCGUCUAGAAGAGGGUCGUGUGACCCCUCUAAGAACUCCUUCCAAUGCCCUCUGCCAGUCGGGGUGCAGCACCAUCACCCCAUAAGUCCCAGCGCUGGGCAGAGGAGGCCAUCUCUUACCACGAAGACGUGUUGUAUGAAUUGUGGAAAGGCUGAGAGGAGACAUGGACUCCUUUACCACCCCCCCUGAGAACUUCGGACUUUGUUUUAGCCCUGAGGACCUUUGGGCUUGUAUGGAUAAAGCGCUAUAGCAGUGACAGUUCCGAGGAGGGCCCUUUGACUCGACCAUUGAUAGAUACCUCGGAACCCGACCCAGAACUCUCGUGACAGGGCCGGCUCCAGACACCAGCCCACCAAGCACAUGCUUGGGGCAGCACCUUCGGACGGGGCGACACUUGGGCUCGACGAUGCCUUUCAAGAUGUCUUUGAGAACUUACACGUCGGUAGCCCUGUUGUGCAUCAGCUGUUUUUGCUCCUGUCUGAGACGCAGAUCUCGAGAGGAAAAUCCAGAAAAGGACAAAAUAGAAGAAUGAAUCAGCUCAGAGUCCCUCGUUGUAGGGGUCAUGGUGUCCAUUUUUACAGGCGGCUGUCAAAAAUAUUGUAGAACACCAGUUUGUGGGGGACUUUUCUGUUCCCCUGUUACGCUGUGUCCCUGUCCAAGGAAGGAACAAGGAGUUUGUCACAUCACCUAUGAUAAACCUCAUUACGUUCCUGUCAGAAAAAACCACAUCGAUACCAUUACCAUUGAAAUAAAGACAGAUCAGAACAGACACGUCUUAUUUCACUUUGGCAAGGUGAUCAUCAAGGUGCACCAGUGUCCCCGGAGAGAGCAAGGUUUCUAAAAAGCAACACAUUAUGGCGAUCCUAAAAAAUUACAGUGACCCCACCAUCUACAGGAACUAUUACAAAGCCCAGACGGGAUAUGCCCUUCCUGGAUGUACGGGCUGGCGUGGGUGAAAUAUUCUGUAACCAAGGCUCUGCAACCAGGCUUCAAGGCAGGACGCUGCAUGAGAGAAUACAUGAAUCUGGUACAGACAGCUGAUAAACACAUGAAAGAUCGUUCUCUGUUAAUCAACCGUGAGGAGUUUGCACAGGGUUACAUCUUGUUUGCCUUUGACCUGUCUCCCGACCAGGAACGCGCUGAUCACUGUUCCCUGAUGAAAACUGGGAACCUGAGAGCAGAAAUAGGUUUGGGGAUGGCUUUAACCAUCACCAUCACUAUGAUCGUGUAUGGGGUUUUUGACAACGUCGUAGAGACAAAUCAGAGAAGAAAUGUUCUGGUUGGCUAUAUGUGAACAUGGGCACCGUGCAGCUCUCAC